GGGAUAUCCUCAUUCCCGUGUCGCAUACGAGUACAAUCCGUAGGAACAUUUCAAAAACUCAACCUUCUACUUCUCUGUUUUUGUUCAUUUGUUUCCGCUCUGUUGAGAUCUCCCACCUAUAUAAUACAUCUUUGGUCCAUCAUCUCUUGAUCAAGAACAACGAUCUCAGAAGAAAAGACAUUGAAGAACAAAAACAACAACAGAAAGAAGGAAACAUUUUGUUUUUGAGAAGUUUUGCUCUGUUUUCUUGAUUCUGAAGAUUGAAAUGGCAUCGAAUAGUGAAGCAAGGCCUCUGCCAAAAUUCGGAGAAUGGGAUGUGAAUGAUCCAGCGACGGCUGAUGGAUUCACCGUUAUAUUUACUAAAGCUGGUGAGGACAAGAAAACAGGUCGGAGCUCCAGCAAGGCAGCUUCACAGAGGAAACGAGAUGGCGCUAAACCUACGGCCAAGAAAUGGCUCUGUUUUACUUUUUCUUGAUUUCUUGUAAAUGACGUAACCGUAUGAGAAUAGCAUUGAGAAACUUUUGUCGUAGAACCUUUUUUCAUUAAUCAUUUGUUUAGCAUUUCUCUUUAUAACAUGUCAAGAUAUUGAAUUAAUAGAAAUGCUUAGACAUUA